AGAAUCAUUUCUUUAUUUACACUGACAGCUGGGAGCUAAAAACAUGCUUCACACUGCUUUUUAUUAUAUUCUACUAAACUCGUUCUCGAAUAUUUGUUGUAGGCUAAUUUAUUUUUGAAUUAAAACACGUCAAAUAAAAAAGAACGGAGGACUAAUUUAUAUUCUGACAGAGAUUAGUACAGAACCAAUUAUCUCUCUAAUAGAAACCCAGUAGAAUCACUCAAUCAGAGAAUCAAAUAUCAUCAAUAAUCACAGAGGAACGAAGCUCUUCGAAACGGGACUUUGCCCUCUUUCUUUGUGCUUCACAUCGCACUCUGAUCAAAGAUACGGCCUGGUCCAAAAGAGUACACACUUCCUGCUGGCGCACCCAUGAUGAGGGCUGAGCUGAGGCCGGAGAGGCGGAGACCCAUACUGUUCCGUGCUCAACCGAUUACGGCCCAUCAAACUACUUCCUUCCUCUGGUCCACCAGAAACGCACACGUCGCAUACCAGACCAGACCUCACCUUCCCCACCCGGACGCCACCACCGCCUGCGCCCUGCUGGCUGCCGCGAUGCUGCCGUACUCCGGUGACCACCAGCGCUCUCCGCCGCCGCAGCCACCGCCACGAGCGGCGUUCUCCUCCUCCCUCUCCCCAUCCGCCGCGCCCUUCCCCGCCGCUGAUCCGGUGGGCCCGGGCCCAGGCCCCGGCCGUGAUCUGCCCACCGCCCCGUCCGUCUACACGGCGGGCGGGGACUGGGGCGCCCUGUCGUGGAUGGAGCCUCCCGCGAGCUACAUGGCCCCCGCCGCCACGCCGCCGGGUUAUAAAGGCGAGGCCACUCCCUAUGACAUAUACUCAAGGAACCACUUCAGUAACUUAUUUGGUCUACAUUCUCUGAGAUCAGAGAGCUCGAAUUUGACAAGUGAGAAGCAUCCAGGAAACUGGCAAGAAAGUUCAGAGACCCUCACUAAAGAUUUUGGACCAUCAGUGUUUCAUCAGCAGCAGAGUGCCUUUGUGAGUAAAUUGCUUGAUCAUUCAGGUGCCGAAGACACAGGACCUUAUCCCCCACGACAAGAUUUAAAUCAGUAUCCUUUUGGUUCUACAUAUGACAAAUACAUGACACAGCUUUCGUCAUGUUCAACAGAUACACGACCUCACAUCUUUUCUACACAAUAUGUCAAUUCACCUGAAAUGGCCAAUACAACUGUUCCAUUGAUGAAUGACACUAUUGGGGAAAGUUCCUUCUCCUUUUCGCAUUAUAUGAAUCCUUGCAGAAUCAAUCUUGAUUAUUUUGAUUCCGUGUGGAAUGAACAAAAAGGUCUUGGAUACCAAACUACAGAUAAGCAGCAUGGAAAAUGGAGUAACCCUGAUGACAAGGCAACAGUGGGGAACUAUUCCCUCAAUUCUCUUGGAGAGAGUCACCUUAAUCCUGAGCAUUUAGGGAAUGGGAGACCAAUGCAGGGAUCUUCUGAAAUGAAACAUGAAUUGGGAAGUUUCAGUUCCAAGGUUUCUUCGUCUGAGUCUGGAUUUGUUCAGCCUCGUGAAUGUUCAUCUGAGUUUCCUGAGGUCAAUAACACCAGUGUUGAUUCACCUUGUUGGAAGGGCACACCAGCCCAGUACCAGCCUUCGUUUGGGAUUAUUGAAAAUAAUGGCGCUCCUCCUGUGGUGAUAGGAACAGUAGGCUACAUUAAUUCACAUCAAAACCAGAAACUACCUGAGUUGAGUUUUGAGUAUCCAUGGCGAUUCUGUGAACACCAAGUAUCAGGUUCUGAAAAUGACCCUUUUAAGGCGGUCAAGUUGCCUGAAAGAUGUAAAAUCUCCAAAGAUCAUAAAGUUCUGCCAAUUGAUGUCAGGGUUCUUAAUGACAUGACUACACAUGCUAGUUAUUUGCCUGACAAACAGCAUCCCACAACACAGAAAUGCAAUGAUUCUGGAGAAGAUUCUAAGAAUGUGAUAACUUCAAGUCAACAGGAAAGUUCGUGUUCUGGCAGAAAACCAAUACUUUUGGGUGAACAUGGUGGCAGUCUUACAGGAAGCAUAAGUGAACUAAUGAGUAAAAGUGUGAUGAAUCCUAUUGCUAUUACUCCUAGAGUUCAUACUGAUCAUUUAACAACAGGAAUCCCACAUGGAAAUAUUUUUUCUGCAGCGGUGGAGAAAGAAGAAAGCACUCACAAGAGAGGUGAAGACCCUUCUCAAUGUUAUCCAGGUGUUGAGGGGAAUAUGCUGAAUAUGUCUUCCGAAUCCAGCUCUAGCAAUCAGGAAGAUGAAGAGGAACUUCUCCAAUCAGUGAUUCAAAAUCUUACAGCUGCCAGUUCCAAAAGAAGCAAGGUUGAACAAAAAAAUGAUGAUGGAUUGAGUAACUCCAGCCAAAUGAAAUUCAAAGAUAUUAAUUAUGUGAGGAAACACUUUUGGAGGUCAAUGCAUGAAGACUCAGAACAGGAGAAUGCUGAUUCAGAAUUUAAGGCCACUGUUUCACAGGUUCUUACUAAUCACCAGGAGGAUAAGGUGCUCGACAACACUGAAGUUCCUCAGGCAUCAAUCUAUAGAAACUUGUGGAUUGAAGCAGAAGCUUCAGCUUGUAAACUCAAAUAUGAGCUUCAACAUGCUCUCCUGAAGCUCGAGACAGCAAAAGGCCUCAACGACACAAUAAAAGCCCCUGACUCAUUGGAAGACAGUAAAGGCUCUAACUCAUACAUUUUCAGUAACAAACCACAGAACCAUGGGAAAGGAACCGUUUCAUGCGCUGCGGCCUUUCAGGGCCACGGAGGAGAUUCUCGUGACAAGCAAUCUCCUGUUGUAAGUAGGAGCAUUUUCAAUGGUGUUGAUGCUGAUGUGUUUGCCCGAUUUGAAGUUUUGCAGUCCCGUAUUGAUAAUAUAAACUCCUUGAGUGAGAUUGACUGUGGGGAGCAGAAAGAAGCAAGCAAGAGACCAUAUGCAGUCGAAGAUACUGUUAUGGCGAGACUGAAAGUUUUGAAGUCUCGUCCUGACAAUAUAACCUCUUUGAGUCAAGGAAGCACUAAACACCAGCUAGAUGGAAGCACAAACAGUGCAGAUAAUGUUGAUGACACUGUUAUUGCUAGGCUGGGAAUUUUGGAGUCCCAUCCUAAUAAUGAAGCCCUAUUGGGACAGGAAAGCAGCAAGCGACAACUGGAUGCGAGAACAAAUAGAGAAGAUGGGAUUGAUGCUGCUGUUAUGGCUAGGCUGAGAAUUUUGAAGUCUCGACCUGAUAAUGAAACCUCAAUGGGCGAUGCCAACAAGGAGCAGCAAGACGCAUGUGGUGAACAAUUAAAUGGGGAUGACCUUGGUAUUGUGUCCAAUGGAGCCAUUAGCAACACCCUGAGUGAGAAGUGCUCUAAGUUUACGCACUCUGAUGAUCAUUUAGGAGAAAAAAACUCAGUAGGUGUCCCGGACACAUUUGGUGAUGGAAACAGUGCUAGGGAGAAAAAGGAGGUUGGUGGUUCAGCAGAUGUUGCUACCCCCAUGAGGUGCAAAGGUACAUCUGAUGGAGUGAGCGUCGGAAGCGCAGUACAUGGUGAAGAUAAUCUUGGUGAAAACCAUGUGUGGCUUCAAACUGCUGGGGACUCUCAUGUUUGCACAGAAGGGUCUCAGGAAGCGCACCCAAUCUCCUCUCCAGUUGACCAGUAUGGUGGUUCACCUACAGAGUGGGAGCACGUGCUGAAGGAGAAUUUCUUCCAUCCAGGCAAAUUGGCGAAUUCUGACCCAUAAACUGGAAAGCUUUUGUUUCAGCUCAUGUUGCCUCAAAAUGCUGAUGCUUCUUGUAAAUAUAUGAUACGAUAUUAUACAUCCCCUCCCCCGAACCUUUGUCUCUAUGUUCAAUAAUCUGCAUAUCUGGUGAUCAAGGAAACGCACUGUGCCCCCGAUGGUGCUAUAUGGAACUAGUCUGGUUUGUCUGCUUGGGUCUAUCAUGCCAUAGUCUAUCUGUAAAUGGCACAUGUAUGUUCUGGACCGAGAGUGAAUUAUUGUAUAUAUUUACUUCCAGCAAAUUUGGAUAUU